AUGACAGCGGGGGAAGACGUCGCUUUGUCGGCGCCGUCGUUACGGGACUUGUCGGCAGGCGUCCUUUGCCAAAAGGCUCAGCUGCAGGAUGUUGUGCUGAAAAUGCAUCUGCCUUUGCCUGUCAGCCAUUCGUUAUUCAACAAGAAAAAAGAGGAAUGGCAACGAUCGAAAGAACCUGUUGCGGCAGAGGCUUUGCGAGCAUGGUGCGACUCAUCACGGUUGCCGUUGUCGCAUCUUGAUUUGACUGGAGCAGAUUUGACGGAUUCUCUACUAGCUGACCUACUAGAAGCUCAUCAGAGUGGUAUAACGCAGUUGGAUCUUACUAAUGUCAAGGGUAUAUCUGAUGAGACAAAUGUACUUUUGGACCAACGGAAUGUGGCAUUUCCAAGUUUGAGAUCUCUCAAAAUGACAUCUAUGGAACUACUCAGUCGCCCUCUACCACGCAGGAAGGUUGGUGUUGCAAGCAUGGACACUCGUAACAUACCAGUUUUGGGUGAAGAGGACCUAGAAGGAGAAGGAGUGUUGGGUUUGCGAGAAAAUAGAGGAGGGCCAUCGCUUCCAACACAUUCAAGUCAGCAGCAGCCUGUUUUUGAGGGUUGUUCGACUUCUUUCAAUGCAUCCAUCGGGAUGUCGACUGAGCCGAUAGAGGAGAAACCCUGGGAAGAGGAAGAAGAGCGUGAGCCCCCGGUGUUUACGUCAAGAUGUCCAGGAGUCACAACUUUGGCUCUACCUAAGGUGAAGAAGUUCCCAGAAGACGAAGAAAAUUCUCCAAACGAUCUUCUUCGUCGCGUUUUCGAACCUUUGAAAGAUUUGAGAACGCUUGAUCUCUCAUAUUGGAAUCGAAUGGAAGAUCUUAGAUGCAUUCAUCCACUGCAUCUAACGACACUGAUAUUAUUUGAUGUACCUGACUUGUACCGAACAAUUGAUAGUAUUAUAACCAUGACAGAAUUGAGAGAUACGGGACUUUACCCAAGACCGGUGACAGCAUUGCACAAAAUAGUCACCAACCUCAAGGAGCUCACAUGUUUGGACAUUUCAUCGACAAAUCUUGCGGCUCAGCCUAGUCCCAAGGAUUGGCCGGUGAAACCUGAUAUGCAGGAAAUGUUCGUUCGGAUAUUGUUGGACUACGAUUUCUCAGCAAGCCGUUGGAUUUCAUAG